GUUGAAUCGAUUCCCCUCCUAAUAAGACCCGCCAAUUCUAAGUUGAGGGCAUUGCCGUCUCUGUUUGCUCAGCACAUUGCACAAAACUCAGUCUGCAUUGAAGCGGUGAUAAAACAAACUGAAUCUCCUGAGGGAUCCAUCCUGUUACUUCCAAUGGCGCUUAAGACGCUUUCGGCAAAGGCUGCCGCGGCCUUGGACAAGGAGUUGAUGAGCACCGGUGCUUUCUCCCUCGACCAGCUGAUGGAGCUUGCCGGUCUCUCAGUGUCUCAAGUUGUCUACCGAGUUCAUCCCGUCAAUAAAGGCAGAAGAGUUCUGGUUGCUGUCGGUCCUGGCAACAAUGGGGGUGAUGGUCUGGUUGCGGCCCGCCACCUCCGCCAUUACGGUUACCAACCGAGCAUCUACUAUCCAAAGCGGCCAAAGAACGGUCUUUACCAGCGGCUCGCCAAACAGCUCGAAGACCUCGAUGUCCCCUUUGUGGACGACUUUCCGACCGCGCUGCAGUCAGCCGACCACGUUAUUGACGCCAUCUUCGGCUUCAGCUUCUCGGGCGAGGUCCGGGAGCCGUUCCCAGCCGUCAUCCACGCCAUGGCAGAGUCCAAAAUUCCCGUGACCUCGGUCGAUGCUCCAUCGUCGUGGGAUAUCGAAGAGGGCCCUCCCAAGUCCGGUGUCGGCAGCAACUUCCACCCUGAUUUCCUGAUCAGUCUGACGGCACCGAAACCUCUGAUCAAGCACUUCAAGGGCCGUCACUUCAUUGGGGGCCGGUUCGUCGCGCCCGGAAUUGCGAAGAAGUAUGGCUUUGAUGUUCCGGCGUAUGAGGGAGUCGAUCAGAUUGUCGAAGUCGGCCCUGAAGAGUUGAAGCUGUGAUGCGGCGGCGGUGGUUUGUCGGGUCCGG